AUGGAUAUCCGAGUCCUCCAGCCCUCCGACUUGCCCCUCAUACAACAUGCAAAUCUCGAGAACCUACCCGAGAAUUACUUCCUCAAGUACUACCUCUACCAUGCUCUUUCUUGGCCUCAACUGAGCUUCGUUGCCGUCGACGUCUCCCGUCCCAAGAAGACGCCCUACGACUACCCCAAAAUCGUCGGCUAUGUGCUCGCUAAGAUGGAGGAGGAGCCCACCGACGGCGUUCAGCACGGUCAUAUUACCAGUCUGUCCGUUAUGAGGACGCAUAGGAGGCUAGGCAUUGCCGAGAAGCUCAUGCGCCAGAGCCAGCUUGCGAUGGUGGAAACCUUUGGCGCCCAGUACGUCAGCCUCCACGUUCGUGUUUCUAACCAGGCGGCCAUACGCCUCUACCGCGAUACCCUCGGCUUCCUGACCGAGAAGACUGAGGCCAAGUACUAUGCCGACGGCGAGGAUGCGUUCUGCAUGAAGCGCGAAUUCUCCGACAUCCGCGAGCAAAUCGACGAAGCCCGCAAUAAGGAAGAAGGGGAGAGCGCCGACACGACCGAGCACCAGGACGAGGGCGAGCCUGUUGGCGACGUGGGCAAGGCGGCCGACAAGAAGAGGAAGGUCAAGGUUGGCCGGGCGUUGGGCGUCGGUGAACUGGUGGAAAGAGACGAGACGCACAAGAGCUGA